AUGCCGAUGAUCGUUGAAGAAGAAGAAGAAAAAGAAGAAGAGGAGGAGGAGCAGAGACAGAGAACGAAGAGAGUCUGGAUUUGGGACUUGGAAGAUGUAAAGCGAGAGAGACUUUCAAUUUUGAAAAAUAGUCGUUGUCUCUAUAACGACAAUUUACCACCUGAACCAGAAGUUGUGGCUCUUUAUAGAACCUAUGGAAUUGGAAAGAUGAGGAUUUUCUCUCCAUAUCCAGAAAUCCUCCAAGCUCUAAUAGACUCCAACAUACAACUCAUUGCUGGCAUCCCUAAUGACAGCCUUCAAGAACUUGCGAAUACUUCAUCUGCUUCAAAUUGGGUUCAAUUCAACAUAAAAAGUUACUCCAAUGUCAACUUCAAAUACAUUGCUGUUGGCAAUGAGGUAAACCCCAAUGAUCCAGCAGCUCAUUUUGUUCUUCCAGCUCUGCAAAAUAUCUACAAGGAAAUUUUCUCAGCCUGUUUACAGAACCAAAUCAAGGUCUCAACAUUAGUAGACACAAAUAUUCUGGGUGUAUUUGAUCCUCCAUCAGUAGCAGCCUUUAGUGAAAGUGAAAAGGGAUUCAUAGAACCAAUCAUCAGGUUCUUGGUCAGCAAUGGAUCACCAUUACUUGUCAAUAUCUAUCCAUACUUCAGAGGUAAAUUCAAUGGCCAAUCGGUUCCCUAUGGCUUAUUUACUGAGACGAAAGCGGUGGUACAGGACAAUGGAUUGGAAUUUCGAAAUCUUUUCGAUGCUCUAAUGGAUGCUAUGUAUUCUGCUAUGGAGAAAAUAAAUUGUGGAAGUUUGGAAAUCGUUGUAUCAGAGAGUGGAUGGCCGUCUGCUGGUGGUGAAGUGGAAACAGUGGAGAAUGCUGGUACUUACUAUAGGAAUUUGAUUGAACAUGUGAAAGGGGGGAUUCCAAAGAGGCCAUUGAAGGCCAUAGAAACUUAUUUGUUCUCCAUCUUUGAUGAGAACAAAAAGAAAGAGGAAAUUGAGAGACAUUUUGGCCUCUUCUACCUUUGA